UAGGGCUAAACCACGUGAGGCUACUGGUACUUUAACCAAUACUGCAUUUUUUUGCUUAUGCUGAAAUCUUCUAACUUAAAAAGAUAAAAAAAGAAGUGGAAGAUUCGAUUAAGAAGAGAUCAUGAACAUGAAGCUGUUUGAUGCCCACUGUCAUCUCCAAGAUCCAAGGAUCUACCACAUCUCCUCUGAGAAAAUCAAAUCCGCCCGAGAAGCUGGUGUUGUUCAUAUUGCUGUCAAUGGAGUCUCAGAAAACGACUGGCAAUUGGUCAAAGAGAUGAGUGAAAACAACCCUUGUGUCAUUUCAAACUUUGGCCUCCAUCCCUGGUUUAUUCUUGAUAGAAAUCCCGAUUGGUUGAGAAAUUUGAAGCAAUUUCUUCAGUCAACCCCUGAGGCUGCAGUUGGAGAAAUCGGUCUGGACAGGGCUCCAUGGGCCAGCCAUGUUGAUUAUACAGAUCAAGUUGAAGUCUUUCAGAAACAACUUCAGCUCGCCAAGGAAAUAAACAGGCCAGCUUCAAUUCAUUGUGUUGAAGCUUUUGAUGAUCUGAUUGAAAUCCUGAAAUCUUUGGGACCCUUUCCAGCCGGGUUUUUGCUUCAUUCAUACAAUGGUAGUCAUGAUUUAGUCCCGCAGCUUGCUGAUCUUGGUGCUUAUUUCUCGAUCUCUGGGCAUCUGAUGCCGAUGGAGUUGAGUAAGGCGAAGAAGAUUCUGAAAGCGAUUCCGCUGGAUCGAAUUUUAUUGGAGACUGAUUCUCCUGAUGCUUUGCCAACCACAAUUUGUUCAGAUCCUAAUUUGUCUGCGGCUUCUGAUGAAGAAAUGCUUAAUCAUCCAGCAAACAUUCAUUAUGUGCUUGAGUAUGUAGCAUCUUUACUUGAGAUGGAGAAAGAAGAACUUGCACAGAUGAGCUUCAAUAAUGCCAGAAAAAUCUUCUCCUAUGGGGACACAAAAAUUUCCGCCUAGAAAUUAUGACUGGUGUACAAUAAUUUUGGGACGGAGGGAGUGCAACUUUUAAAAAAAAAAGAUGCUUUGGAUUCUGACUAUCGAUCUAGGCUUAUUCCUCUGAUGAGCUUGUUAUGGGCAAAGAUGUGUUAUGUGAUAGGGGAUAAGAAAGGGCAGGUUUAAACAAUGAAAGUAAUUAGUGUGGCUACGAAUUAAGAUGUUGUUUUCAGGAAAUUAUGAUGGUUAUCGACUGAGAAGAAAGUUUGCGUUUCAGUUAGUUUUCGAUGGUUUACCAUUCUGUCAAGCAGUAGUUUCUUUCAACAAGCGACAAUAUGUAUGUAUGUAAUGUUUGUGCUUUAUUGCUCUGUCUAAAGAGUUCGAAUAAUUGUUUUGCUUGUGGACUUACGGAUCAAUUCUUCCUUGAAGGUUCGUGUAUGUUUUCAAUGGGAAAUGAUGCAUUUUGUCCCC